AUGUCGACCGCCACCCAGUCCCAGCAGGACGACGCCCGCCUCUCGACCGACGUCGUCCCCUCGCACUACGACCUCACGAUCCGCACCGACCUCGACACCCUCACCUUUACCGGCACGGGCGAGAUCACCUUUACCACCACCAAGCCCCUCGCCCACCUCACGCUCCACGCCGCCGCGCCUCUCGAGCUCGACGCCGCCGUCCUCGGGUCGACCCAGGUCAAGACUGAGAGCUCGCGCCCGGCCAAGCACCUGCGCGUGCUCGAGAAGAAGGAGCGCGUCGAGAUCUCGUUCGAGGGCGGCGAGGUGCCCGCGGGUACCCACAAGGUCGGCCUCAGGUGGAAGGGCACGCUCGACGACUCGAUGCUCGGCUACUACAAGUCGUCGUUCCCCAAGAAGGACGGCUCGGGCAAGGCGUUCUACGGCCUCACCCAGUUCGAGCCCUGCCAGGCUCGUCGCGCUUUCCCCGGCUUCGACGAGCCCUCGAUGAAGGCGACCUACUCGGUCUCGCUCAUCUCGCGUGUCGGCACCGUCUCGCUCGCCAACACCGAGGUCGUGUCGACCAAGCACCUCGGCCCCGGUGGCACCUUCCCGCGCACCGACCUCCUCGCCGACAACUUCUUCACCGCCGACACGGACAAGGAGGUCGUCGGCAAGACGGUCAAGACCGAGGGCGAGACCAAGCCGACCGAGCCGGCGUCGGCGCAGUCGGGCGACUUCAAGGACGACUGGGAGAUCACGUCGUUCGCCAAGACGCCCAAGGUGUCGUCCUACCUCGUCGCGUGGGCCAACGGCGAGUUCGAGCACGUCGAGUCGUCGUUCACCUCGCCGCUCUCGGGCCGCAAGGUGCCCCUGCGCGUGUACGCGACGCACGACCACAUCGCCCAGGCGGGCCUCACGCUCGAGACGACGGCCAAGAUCCUGCCCAUCUACGAGGAGAUCUUCGACAUCGAGUACCCGCUCGCCAAGCUCGACACGCUCGUCGCGAGCGACUUUGACGCAGGCGCGAUGGAGAACUGGGGCCUCAUCACGGGCCGCACGUCGUACUACCUGUGGGACGCCAAGAACUCGGGCCUGCAGGCCAAGAAGGGCGUCGUCACGGUCCAGUCGCACGAGGUGGCGCACCAGUGGUUCGGCAACAUCACGACGAUGGAGUGGUGGGACAACUUGUGGCUCAACGAGUCGUUCGCGACCCUCAUGGGCGAGGUCGUCAUCCCCGACCGCAUCGAGCCGACCUGGAAGCAGAUCUUUGACGCCCUGACCUACUCCAAGGGCGCGAGCUGCCUCAAGAUGCUGUCCAACUUUGUCGGCGAGGACAAGUUCCUCAAGGGCGUGUCGAUCUACCUCAAGCGCCACCUGUACGCCAACGCGCGCACCGAGGACCUCAUGAAGGGCAUCAGCGAGGCGGCCGGCAUCGAUGCCGGCGGCAUGAUGAAGAAUUGGCUCGGCCAGACCGGGUUCCCGCUCAUCUCGGUCGAGGAGACGUCCAAGGGCCUCAAGGUCCGCCAGAACCGCUUCCUCAGCACCGGCGACGCCAAGCCCGAGGAGGACAAGACGAUCUGGCAGGUGCCUCUGCAGCUCCUCGUCGUCGACACCAAGACGGGUGACAAGAAGGUCCACUCGGACAUCGUCCUCACCGAGCGCGAGAUGACGAUCGACCUGCCCGAGGUCGAGGGCAAGACCUACAAGCUCAACGCCGAGACGUGCGGUGUCUACCGCACCCUGUACUCGGUCGAGCGCCUGUCCAAGAUCGGCGAGGAGGCCGGCAAGGCCAGCAAGUCGGCCUUCUCGCUCAACGACCGCAUGGGCCUCGUCCAGGACGCGAGCGUCCUCGCGUCGAGCGGCUACGCUCGGACGAGCGGCGCGCUCGAGCUCGUCAGCAAGCUCAAGGGCGAGACGGAGAACCUCGUCUGGCAGGAGAUCGGCGGCGCCCUCGGCUCGAUCUCGUCGACCUGGUGGGAGCAGCCCAAGGAGGUGCGGGACGCGUUCAACAAGUUCCGCCGCGACCUCUUCAAGCCCGUCGUCGACCGCCUCGGCUUCGAGUACGCCGACAGCGACGACGUUGACACGGUCGAGCUGCGCACGCUCGCGAUCGCGACGGCGGCCGUCACGGGCGACGAGGCGACGCUCGCCGAGUACAAGCGCCGGUUCGGCCUUUUUGUCGACAAGGACGACGACUCGCAGAUCCCGGGCGACCUCAAGGACAGCAUCUACGCCCAGAGCGUGCGGUUCGGCGGCGCGACCGAGUACGAGAAGGUGCUCGACGUUUACCGCAACCCGAAGACGCCGGCGCACCGCACGAGCGCCAUCAUGGCCCUGUGCGCGCCCGAGGACGAGGCGCUCCUCGACCGCACGUUCGGCCUGCUCCUGUCGGGCGAGGUGAAGAACCAGGACAUGGGCUCGUUCAUCGCGAGCCUCGGCCGCAACCGCGUCUCGAAGCGCAAGACGUGGGAGUGGUUCAAGGCCAACUACGACGAGCUCAUGGUCCGCUUCAAGGGCAACUUCUCGGUCGGCAACAUCAUCAAGUACUCGUUCUUCUCGCUGUCGUCGACCUCGGACGCCAAGGACGUCGAGGCCUUCUUCGCCGACAAGGACACGACCGCGUUCGGCCAGCCGCUCAGCCAGGGCCUCGACUCGGUGCGGUCCAAGGCGGCGUGGCUCGAGCGCGACGCAGGAGACGUCGAGGCGUGGCUCAAGACGAAGCAGUUCCUGUGAGCGUGCAGGCUCGGGCGCUGUCGGAGGUCGAAGAGCAGGACGAGGGCUCGGUCGCUAGCAACUGGGUGGAAUCGCAAAGCUUUCUUUCGUGUU